UGAAUCAUUCAUUCCAUAUAUACUUAGUAAAUGAUAGGAGCACAUACACUCAUGAUUAAAUCAAGUUGAAAGAAAAACAGGUGCAGAUGGUAAAGCAGCUUCUACUUGUUGUGUUCCUCACUGCUGCAGCAGCAGCCGCUAAAGCCCAUCCAGUGACAAAGCCAAACUGCCCAACAAAGUGUGGGAAUGUUAGCAUUCCCUUUCCCUUCGGCCUGACUAAGCUAUGUUCUCUCAACACCUCAUUUCUCAUCACUUGCAACAAAAGCCUUUCACCACCUAUUCCAUUCUUGAAUACUACUAAUAAUGAAAAGGUGCGGGUGCUGGACAUCUCACUCGACGGCCAACUUCACGUUUCAUUGCCAGUUGCCACAAGUUGUGUCAAUAACAAGAAUGGUGAAUCAGACAAGGAUUACUUUUCCUUCCGGUUAUACACACCUUUUCACCUGUCAUCUCGGCAAAACAAGUUAACUGUAUUGGGCGCUUACACGGCAGGAGUAGUAGAUGCUGACUAUUUUAGAUCCCAGACAACAUACGCUCCCACUUUUUGCGUGUCCUUCUACAGCAGCAUUUACAACCGCAGCAUUUACAACAUGACACAUGACGAGUCAUGCUCCGGCAGUUUCUGUUGCGAGACUCCAAUUCAACAUAGGCUAUCGGAAAUCUACUAUGCUUGUGCUGCAAAUAUCUUCGACUUUAACUCAACCAUAAGGCAAUUUCUGUCCUACCCAUGUGGUUAUACAUUUCUGGCUAAGGAGGGAGCCUACAAUUUCUCCAUGUCAGAUUUCAUCAAUUUUAACACAAGCAACACGUUUCCCGUGGUUGUGGAUUGGGCAGUGGGGAACAGGUGCCCAGCUGCUCCGAAGAAUGCUUCAAGCUAUGCGUGUAAGUCAAAGGACAGUGAUUGUCACAAUGCAAAGCUGGGACCUGGUUACCAUUGUAAAUGCUCCACUGGUUUUCGAGGAAAUCCUUACCUACUAGAUGGUUGUCAAGAUAUUGAUGAAUGCACUGAGGAAUCCCACAACUGUUUAAAGGAGAAAUCAAAAUGCAUCAACAGUCCAGCAGGGAGUUACACUUGUUCUUGUCUAAAGGGAUACGGCGAUGGCAAGAUCAAUGGAGGCGGAUGUGUUACCAGGAGUAACCGCAAAAUAAUAAUUGCUUUCAGUGUGAGUGGAAGUAUAUUGACACUUAUGGGAGGAACCUUAUGCAUGUACUGCACAUUAAAGAAAAGAAAACUCAACAAACUUAAAGAACAUUUUUUUCAACUAAACGGUGGUUUGUUAUUACAACAACAUAUAGGCAGGUACAGUGGAUCAAAUGAAUUGACAAAAAUCUUUACUGAGAAAGAACUAAAAGAGGCCACCAACAAUUUCAAUGAAGAGAUGGUCUUAGGCAAAGGUGGGGAGGGAACAGUUUACAAAGGAAUAUUACCUGACAAUAGAAUUGUAGCAAUAAAAAGGUCCAGAGUUAGUAACCCAAACCAAACUGAGCAUUUCAUCAAUGAGGUGAUUCUGCUUUGUCAAAUCAACCAUAGAAAUGUGGUGAAACUCUUGGGAUGUUGUUUAGAGACAAAGGUUCCCUUACUUGUUUAUGAAUUUGUUCCCAAUGGAACUGUUUACGAGCAUCUCCAUGAUCAAAGCAAAUCUUUAAGACUUACAUGGAAAAGAAGAUUACAAAUAGCAGUUGAAACUGCUGGGGCCCUAGCAUACUUGCAUUCUGCUACCCAUGCACCAAUCAUACAUAGAGAUGUGAAAACUUCAAACAUACUACUUGAUCACAAUCUCACUGCAAAGGUUUCUGAUUUCGGAGCUUCAAAGAUUAUUCCUCUUGAUCGAACUCAGUUAACAACUUUGGUGUUGGGGACACUAGGGUAUCUUGACCCAGAAUACUUCCACUCAAGCCAGUUAACAGAGAAAAGUGAUGUCUACAGUUUUGGAGUUGUCCUAGUCGAACUACUAACAGGAAAGAAGGCACUCUCUUUUGAAAGGCCAGAGGCUCAUAGAAACCUAGCGAUUCACUUCCAUUCUUCAAUGAAGGAGGGUCGGUUACUUGAAAUUUUUGAUGACCGCAUAAUAGAUGAGGCAAAUGUUGAGCAGCUAAUGGAUGUUGUAAACAUUGCAAGCCAUUGUUUAAGGUUGAAGGGGGAGGAAAGGCCCACCAUGAGAGAAGUGGCAAUGCAACUUGAAGGAAUCAAUAUUGUGGAGAAGCACCAAUGGGAAAACGUGAACUUGUCAUUAGAGAAUGCUGAAUCUAUUCUCAAAGCAACACCAUCAUCUUCUUUUAGUGUAGAUGGUGUUAACAACAUAAGCAUGCAUUCUGGCUCUGAUGUUUUAAACCAAAUUUCCUUCUCCUUAACUAGAGGAAGAUGAUUAGCUCAUGUUAUUAUAACAAUUCACAAAACUGUCGUUAUUCAAGACUAGAUUCAGAAUAAUAAUGGAUUUCAUGAAUUGUAUGUUGUUUUUUUUUUCUUAUUGCACAAUGUGUCAUUACUUUUAUGAUUAAAUGUUGUGUAAUAUUGAUAGACUUUUUAGUUAAUUUAUCAGGAUUUCGUGCCUUGAAUGGUCUUUCAUGUUUACAUUAGUUUUACAAUUAAUAUUCAAGUGGAAAUUGUGAUGGGAUGAAAUGU